GCCGUAUCUUCUACCUUGACCUUCGGUCUAUUCACCACUCUUUUGUUCCUGCCGACAUUCGCCAAACGACGACCAUCGACCAUGGUGGAAGCUUCCAUCUUCCAAAGAAGCUUGAUUCUGUUUGUGUUCCUUAGCGGUGGCAAAAAAGUGGUGGCAGAAGUUGCCAGCACUGGAUUGGCAGAUCCUGCUCAUCAGACUCUCUUUUCGGUAGAUCUUCCCAAUCCGUUGGACCCCAGCUUUUUGUUCCAGACGAGCACUACCACCACUAUUGAAGUCACUGUGGGUACUGGAGUCAGUGACACUGGUCUCGUCGAUGCCAACGGUGACAAAUUGCCCACUCCCAUUUGGGGAUACGGUACCGAAGCCACGGGACACACUUGGCCAGGCAGAACCUUUGAAGUAACUUCCGAUGAGCCGUUGAGAGUGAAAUGGAUCAACAACAUCCCAAUCAGCGGUGGGUAUAUCUUGACUGGCAAAGAUAAUGGAGAGCUGGGUGACUUUACGGGACGAUCGGUGGUGGACACCAGUUAUCACUGGGCCUACAGCAUUCCUGGAUAUGAACAGUACACCAUUGAAAAUCAUGGCACUCCCAUUGUACCGCAUCUGCAUGGCAGUCACACAGAUGCACCCUAUGAUGGAAAUCCAGAGUACUUUUUCACUCCUGAAUGGGCCAUCAAGGGACCUCAGUGGGUCGACGAAGAGUACGUCUAUGCCAAUGAACAACCGGCAGCUAUGCUUUGGUACCAUGAUCAUGCAUUGGGAAUCACACGGCUGAAUGUUCAUGCCGGAAUGGCUGGUGUCUAUAUGAUCCGAGAUGAAAAAGACACUGGCAAACCAGAUAAUGCGUACGAUCUUCCAGCAUUUCCAUACGAGAUGCCUCUACUCAUACAAGAUAGAAUGUUCAAGGAAAACGGAGAGCUCUUUUAUCCUUCUUUCAAGGGCGAUCCCUUCUAUGCCGAUUUCAUCACUGAUGAGGGCGCCCAAGUCGAAGAUGACCACCCGUCUGCAUUGGCCGAGUUCUUUGGAGAUUUUAUGGUCGUCAAUGGCAAAAUUUGGCCCAAGAUGAAGGUGGAGCCUCGCCAGUACCGCCUCCGUCUACUCAAUGGAUGCGACAGUCGUUUCUUGGUAGUGCAGUUCAUGGUCGAUGCGCCAGAAUUUCCGUCUGGAUCGGAUGGUGGCUUCAAUGUUGGCAGGAACAUGGACGGCAUCCCUAUUCCGUUCACUGUGAUUGGAGGCGACCAAGGCCUUGCCGCUUCGCCAACCAAGGUAGACAGAUUGCUCGUGGAGCCGUCCGCGCGUUACGAUAUUAUUAUCGACUUUGCUGGUUGGGAAGGUCGCGUCAUCAUGAAGAAUCUGGGAGGGGAUGAACCUUUUGGAGGUGACAUCCCUGGUCCUCAAGCUUUCGAGUUCACUGAUAAAAUCAUGGCCUUUGACAUUGAUCUUCCAUUCGAUAACAACGUCCCAGAUAACUUUGAUCCCAACAACAUUGCUGUACCAAUCCAUCCUCGUGAGGCAAACCGAAUGCGUCGCGUUGCCCUGUUUGAAGGUCAUGAUCAGUUUGGACGUUUGCAGCCACUCUUGGGAACCGUGGAUCCAGCCACAGAUGCCAGUGGGGAGCCCAUCUACUGGCCUAACACGGCAGAAUACCGCAAUGCUGGAAUUUCUGGCCCAAUGGUGGGGGCCAUGACCUGGCAUGCACCGACAACUGAGAAUCCAAGGCUUUAUGAUGUGGAGGACUGGGAAAUAUGGAAUGUUAGUGCCGAUGCCCACCCAGUACACUUGCACUUGGUCCAUUUUGAAGUAAUUCGCCGCCAGUUGAUUUCGUAUGACUCAAAUGUGAAUGAAGAUGGUGAAAUAGAGAUCCAUUUGGGAGAAUCCCCAGCAGGAGAUGGAACGUACACCAUGGAUCACCCUCUGUUGCAACACGAUGGAAGCAUCGGAGAGGGCUACCUUGUCAUGAACCCCACCUAUGGAGACGAAGUCGACCUCAGUACAAUGCCAGAAUACGUGACAAACUUCCCCAAAGACACUGUCACCGCCCUCCCCGGCCAAGUGACAACCAUCAGGGUCUACUUUGACAAACCUGGGCGCUACAACUGGCAUUGCCACAUUUUGUCGCAUGAAGAUCAUGAAAUGAUGAGAGUAUUCCACGUGGGACCGCUACCCAAGGAAGAGAGUGAAGAGGGAAUGGGGCGCAUUCGAAGGCGUCAAACCAGAAUCGUGCACUAGCUAGCUAGACAGGCAACUUACUCGAAAAAUGCAUUGACUCGACUCUUUAGGCCUGGCGACUUGAUGAUUUUAAAAGUGCCAUCUGAAGUGCUGCUAUGGCGACGUUUCAUUUCAUUGAUUCAUAACUCUCACUCAUGCCAACCGAAGUUGGCUUCCACAUUUAUUCUAGUUCUUAGUUUACUUGCCACCAACAGAUCUUUCUACUCCUUGCUGUGCUGAUAAGCAAACAGGCUUUCUAAACAAUGAGCUCGCAUGAACAAAAAUGA